CGCUCGCUUCCCUUCCUCCCCUCUUCGCCAGAAGCUUCAGUACCGCUCUCGCCGCUUCUCUCCCCAGAAAUCUCCUGCCAUCCUAUAUCUUCUCCUAUAAACCCCUCCGUUUUCCGGCAGAGAAAGUCCCAGAGAAAACGAGAACUGAUCAUCGACCGUCGGUCACGACGAUGGCCGCCAGGAGAGCCCCCGUCUUCAAGCUCCUCGAGAAGCUCCGCGUCUCUCCCAUCCGUUCCGCCUCCGCCACCCCCCGAUCCUUCUCCACCGAGACCCGCGACCUCGCCGAGUCUGCGAGAACCCUCGACAUCGACCGCCGCCACAACUACUCCCCCGUUCCACUCCCCCGCCGCCGCCGCCGCCGCGGCGGUCGCCGCCCGGGCGAUUUCCUCUCCAGCUUCUUCUCCGAUGCGUUCGAUCCGUUCGACCCGACGUGGAGUCUGAUGGACCAGAUGGUGGAGAGCUCGUUCACGGCGGAGCGGCCGGGUUGGGACGUGAGAGAGGACGAGAACGCGCUGUAUCUGAGGAUGGAAAUGCCGGGGCUGGGGAAGGAGGACGUGAGGGUGAAGGUGGAGCAGAACACGCUGGUGAUAAAGGGGGAGAGCCCGGAAGAGGAAGAAUGGGAGGGAGAAGAGGAGGAGAGUGGGCGGAGGAGGUACAGCAGCCGGAUCGAUCUGCCGCCGAAUUUGUACAAGAUAGAGGACAUCAAGGCGGAGAUGAAGAAUGGGGUGCUCAAGGUGGUGGUGCCCAAAGUGAAGGACGAGGAGCGCCAGGACGUGUUCCUGGUCCCGAUACAGUGAACAAAGAAGGAAAUGUCCUUCUCAAUUUGCUAGUCCUUGUGUGCUUCCAAUUCAAGGAUGGGCACGACAGAUUUUAGGCGACCGGUUCCUGAAUUUGAGGCGAGUGGGUCAUGAAGUAGGACGGACCUUUGCCGUGACCAUUUGAAACAUUUUGAUGGGCAAGGUAUUUUGGUGACAAUUAAGAAAAUUUAGGGUGAAACAUGCUUCAAAAAGUUUGCCAUUCUUGUUGCGGUGCAAGUUAGAGGAGCUAGCACGUUUUAUAUGCAAUGAUGGGUGUCUCUUGUAGUUGCACUCAUAACCUCGUGAAGUCCGCAUUACGUUUCCGCUAUCAUGGUUCAUGGGACAAGCUGUGGUUAGAUGAAAAAUUCAAGAACCCAUUGUGCACCGUCGCGCUGCAUAAGCUAUUAUUUGUUAUUGUGGUAAAAGUAACAGACGAAGAAAGUGGGAUGAUGUGUCAUCGCUUGGGCAACAAAGCCUAUUGAGACCAUCAUGGCAAAUUCAUUAUAAAAAAAUGAAAUCGUAUUUCAUCAACAA